AUGUCUAUGGACGCCAAAGAAAUCGAGCUCCGGGCCAAGGCCAUGACCAAGGCCGCCUCUUCCAACGAACCUCCCUCUACCAUCAUACCACUACUCAAGCAACUGCAACAAGGGGUGAAAGCCACCGAAGACCUGCUGCGAUCGACCCGUGUCGGUAUCGCCGUCAACAAACUUAAACAACACAAAUCUCCCGAAGUCGCCCGUCUCGCGAGCGAAAUCGUCUCCAAGUGGCGCCACGAAGUGAACAAGCAAAAGGCCGGGGCUUCCCCCGGCGCUAGCCAACGGUCGAGCAGCUCUCCCCACCCGAAAACCAACGGCACCCCCUCCGGCGGUGCGACUCCCUCCGAUAAGGCCUCGAAGCUCUCGGUGCCUCCCGACAAGCGUACCUGGAAGGCCGAUGGCGUGGACACCAACCAGACCGGCAACAGAAUUCGCGACAGCUGCAUCGGCUUGAUGUACGAUGGGCUGUGUCUCAACUCGGUUGAACCCCCCCGCACAGUCCUGUCCAAGGCGUCGGCCGUCGAAGCGGCAGCCUUUAGCGACCUCGGACCGGAAACGAAGGAACAAUACCGCACGAAGAUCCGCAGUCUCUACCAGAACCUCAAGAACAAAUCGAACCCGACACUGCGAGUGCGGGUCCUCAACGGCGACGUGACGCCAGAACAGUUCGUCCGGAUGUCGCACGACGAACUCCGGUCGGCGGAACAGCAGGAGCGCGACCGCAAGAUUCAAAAGGAGAACAUGGACAAGGCGAUGGUGGCACAGGCGGAGCGGAGUAUCAGUACGAGCUUGCAAUGUGGCAAGUGUGGACAGCGCAAGGUGACAUAUACGGAAGCGCAGACGCGCAGUGCGGACGAACCGAUGACAUUGUUUUGUACGUGUAUGAACUGCGGCAAGUCAUGGAAGCAGUGA